CGUGCCUUUCCCCGAACUUAAUUUUCCCUCUAAACAUUAGCACAUGAUUUCUACACAAACAGACAAACAAACUCCUAAUCAACAACUUAUAAAGGAUAACACGAUGCAUGAUAUAAGUCAUAUUACACCUAAGCGAAAGUAGCUUAAACCAAUAUGUUUAAAAUAGAUGCUUUUCGCACUAAAAUGUUACGUUCGUUGAUUUCUAAGAUUGAAACCUGUCGAAUUUUGCCAUGCCAUAUUCAUUCUCAGAGCAAUAAGACAGAGAGAGAAAGACUUUUAGCAAAACUGCUAACAAAGCAUUAUGUGCCUGAUAUCGAGACUGUAAAAAGUUACAAAAUAAGAUUUCCUGAGCCUGUCAAACUGAUAGAGGGAUUAUAUCAGCCAUUGAAAGAAUCACGUAGAGUAGGAGCACUAUCUUUUCACUGUACAUCAAAGUUUGAUGGCAGAUUAUGGAAGGCUUGUCUCCAGUUAACAUUUCCAUUAAGAUUUACUUGUGUUGGUGUACAUUCAGACCUUGAUAAAGCUAAGGAAAAUGCAUACCUUGAAGCCUGUGAAAUGUAUUGGUAUUUAGGUCUCUUAUAUAACAAUGGGUGUGUAACUCCAGAGAGGCUUUGGGAACUUAUAGAACAGAUGUAUGUAGAAAUUGAUGGACCACAAGUCAGACGAGAAAAAAACUUUUAUUAUUGUACUAGUCAAAUUGUUAUGGAUGGAAUUAGUAGCUGGUUGACAGAAAUUAAAAUUCGCUGGCCACUGAUAUUAUGUGUGAAUGCAACUGGAACCUCUCCAUACAACAGUCAGUUUGAAGCAGCAUUACUAGCUGCUAUACAGCUCAAGUGUCAUUGCUUUCUUGAUGGAAAAAAUAACUUAAAAUCUCCACAGAGGAGAAGUCUAAGGAAAAGUGUUUUGUUUAAUGAAUUUGUACCGAGUUUAGAGAAUUUUGAUGCAGAUUGUAUAAUUCAUGUAGAUGCUUCCUUUUAUGGAUUUGGUGCAUAUUUGAACAUUAAAAAUGAAGGUAAGGUCCGUUGGUUUACAGAACUUUGGCCGCAGGAAGUACAAUCGAAAUACUUGUCUUUUCAAGUUAAAACCUUCAGUUCAAGGUUUGCAGAAAUGUAUGCCUUUGUCACAGCCUGUUAUACAUGGAAACAUAAGUUUGUCAAUAAGCGUGUUCUCUGUUAUUCGGACUGUCUGUCAACUGUAGACAUUGUAAAUAGAGGAUUAUAUGUGAACAGGAAAAUAUAUUCUAAAUAUUCAAAGUUAACAAGAAUUCUACAAUCAUUAGUGGACAAUUAUAACAUUGAAUUUUUAGCCUGUCACAAGCAAAGAGAAUCAAAUAGACUAGCAGAUUUGUUAUCAAGACAUUGUGUAGAAGAAUUUAGGAAAGAAAUUCCAGAAGCUUUCCAGAAAUCAAAGAAAGUUAAACAACUUACAUUUUGUUAUCCACUGGUUGAAAAUGACAGAGUAAAAAAUCUAGAAAACCAUCACAAAGAAACAAAAUAAAAGAAAGAAAAUUUUAUACAGAUUCAUAAUUAAGCUUAAUAUCAUAUGCUUAUUUACUGGUUAUGAGGAAAAUACCAAAUUUGUUGUCCCCUCACAGAUGCUGUCCAGGGGACUAAUUCGAUUGCUUUUAUUUUUUGGUCACUGUAAUGAAUCUCAAUCAUCAAUGGCAAAGAAUUCUAUUACCUAAUACAUCUAAUAGGUCCAAUAUUUUUGCUAAAAAGUCAACAUUACAUAUAUUUUUGUUUAAAUAAUAAAGGUUGAUCAUGUC